AUCAGAAAACUUCAAAUCAAGUUUUCAACAACUGGGUAAACUACUGGUGAAGAUUUCAAUGAAGACCCUCGAGAAAGUUGCAGACUCAGUGUUGGCCUUGACAGUACCUGAUGAAAGAACGAUAUCAUUCACAGCGGGACAACUAUCCAUGACAGUCGGAAGAUACAGCCUUCAUAGACUUUCAGGACUGAAAAUAAAAGCAGGAAAAGGCCGGUUUAUCUUACCGUCUAAAAGCCAAUUGUUAUUCUCUGGAGUAAACAAAACAAGUUUUGUAAAUGUUCAGAUGCUCUCAUUUUCUUUCAAUCCUUACACUUGGGACGCCACAAAGGAGCGAGUUGGCUCUGAUGUUGUAACCCUGCUCUUGAAAAACAACGAUAGCGAGCUUAUUAAAGUAUCAAAUCUUACGGAAGGCAUUGUUAUCGUCACGCCUUUAAAACUUCAGAAAAUCUCUGCUUCAGAAAAGUCGUGGUAUUUCACAAAGAACGAUGAUCUACGUUUCCACGAGAUAAACGUCAAGUAUGAAAACACCCUGCUGAUGCUGGAAAUCAAACCUCAAGAUCCAACCGUACAUCUGUUUGUCUAUAUGCGUUUUAGUCAGCGACCGACAACUCAAAACUACGACUUCAAUGCUACUAUCUCUUAUGACAAAAAGUGUGUUUGGAUGAUAAGUGCUCAUAACAAAAGUGAAGAGCAAACAGUUUGCUCCUUGAAUCCACAUGCACCGAUACAAGUUCUGGCUAAGCGUCCCGGGAAGUACCUUCUCGGCUUAAAAAAUUACAAUGCCACAGUGAACUUAUCUCAUAAAAGGGAGAAAAGAUCUUGUCUUGGUGGAAAGCGAAGGAAGCGCUCCUGCGUCGGAGUCAAAGAUCCACCACCCACCCCACCCCAGACUGAAAAGGUCUCUGUGAUACCAGUCUAUGAUUCCAAAACAGACCAGAACUUCACUCUAAAAGUGGCCUUAGUUAGUUGUGUUUACUGGUCAGAAAAGUUUGACAAGUGGAUAUCAUCUGGCUGUCGGGUUUUAGCAGAAUUAAAUGGAUUUUUAAACUGUAGCUGUAGCCAUUUGACAUCAUUUGGGGGAAGUCUCUUAGUCGAACCGACUCCUAUUGACUUCGACAAGGUUCUAGUCGAGUUUCAGCAGUUAUCAGAAACUGGAAAUAUUGCAGUAAUCGUGGCUAUUGCGGUGGUUUUAAUUUGCUAUAUGACUGUGCUUGUUGUCGUAAGGAAAUUCGACAAGGAAGACGCGAAAAAUGUAAGUGUCGAACUAAAUUUUGCUUAG